GGUACAAAAUCCCACAAAUGAUGCUGUAUACAGAGUAGUGAAGAGCAACAGUAAUCUGAUUACAGCACAGAAAAACAAACUGAGAGAUCUAGAGGAACGUUUAAAACAACUUAAAUUAUACAAUAAAACUUCGGCCUGGAGCAAUAACUCUUCUACCUUCAAAAGAGGAGACACAACAGCAGAGUUGUCUAACUUGGCAGACUCUCUUCUUUCUGGGAAUCCAGUUAAGUCUGAGAAGGAGUAUUCUAAUGAAGGAGAGAAAAAGGUGAACAGAGAUCGGUUAGAGAGACUGAGAGAUCAUUUGUGCAGACGUAAUAUAUCAGUGGUACGAUCAACUAAACCUGAAAACUUGUCAGUGUUAAAGAUACCAGAUAAUCAGCUUGGAAGAUCUAGUACCAGACAACCUAAACAACAACCUGCAAGUCUACAUGGCUCCUCAAGUGCAGGCGACUUUGUUGGCAUGACCAGGCGGACAUCAGCUCCACCCAAUAAGGGAAAAAAGAAUGAUAAUUCCAUGGCACCUGCUCAGACUGUAAGAAACUUAAAUGAGAGAAACAAGCAAGAUCAAGUGAAAGAUAAGUCAGAGAAAGACGGUCAAAGGUCGCAGUUCUUUAGUAAGAUUAUUGAAAAGAGUGCAGAGAAAGGGGGCCAAGUACUGCAGCAAAAGUCACAGACUAAGCCAACAGUGCCUGCCAGUCAAGGUUUUGGUCAAGGUUUUGGUAUGACUUCUAAGCCUGCUGGGGGACAAGAAGAUACUGGCAUUCCAAGGACAGUACAGACUGCUCCAUUUCAAAGCUCACAAGUGACAAAAGUGAAGGAAAUCAAUGGGAUAAAAUUUGAAGAUAUAACACCAAGUGGAUCGGAGAAUGACAUCGAGGACACGGAGGAAGACGACGAGUACGACGAGGAUUCUAGCGAGAGUAACGAACAAGGGUUCGGCACGCAGUACAAUUUUACAUCAACAAGUGUACCAGGAGAUGCAAUAACAUCAACACCUGUCACAGUCAAAGCCCCUGGCAAGAAUGCCCAGGACAGUUUUAAAUUCCCCGGUGCUUCAGCGACUAGCACACCUGUUGGAAGGAAGUUGUUUGAAACAGAGGAGACCACACCAGCUGCAGGAUUUACCUUUAAUGCAGGUGGUUCUUCAACAUCUACAUUUGGUGGACAGUCAGAGAGCAGCAAACCACAGACUGGUUUCAAUUUUUCAAUUGCCGGGACACCAUGUUUUGGUAGUAAAACAGAGACUGAUGCUGCUGCAAAUAAAACAGAGCAGACCUUGCCAAAAAGCUCCUCUGAAAGUAAACCAGGUAGUGGUCAGAUAACUGGUUUGUUUGGUAAAACUAAACCACCGACAAUCCAAGCCGAGACAAAAUCAGAAACUAUUGUCACAUCAACAAAGCCGGUUGUACAGUUUGGUCAGCCAACUACUGCCAGUACCAGUUCAGGCAUAUUUGGUCAAGUCAAAACAACACCAGCUCCUGCUCUUUCAUUUGGACAAUCUUCUACAACUAAAGUAGCCAGUGAAGGAAUCUUUGGAAAAAUACCUAGUUCAGGAUCAUCUGUGAUUGGUCAUCCGUCAGAUUCUGUUGUGACAUCGCCUGUUGAGGCAACUGAGGAAUCGGAGGAAAACACUCCGCAAGUUUCAUCUACUGGUAGUUUUGGUCAGCCCACAUCAGUAAGUAAACCUAUGCAAAAUUUAUUUGGCCAAGCGGGGACUUCUGGCUCAGGUUUAUUUGGAAAAUCAGUUACUGCAUCUGCAGGUUCGACAAGUCUUGUUGGACAGACAAGCACACCUGUAACUGCCACGUCAGAUGACCAGUCAUCAGCUGUAACAUCAACGACAUCUAGUGACCGAGGAGAAGUUGGGCAAACAUCUUCAGGUACAACUGCUACAACAGCAAUUGUAGCACCAUUCGGACAGACGUCAAAUAGCUCUGAAGGUCAGAAUACAACUUCAGGUAGUAGUCUGUUCGGGCAAACUGCGACCACCACUGGGCCCAGUCUAUUUGGUCAGACAGCAACAUCUUUGGGAACCAGUCUAUUUGGUCAAACUGCAACAACUACCACGGGAACCAGUCCGUUUGGUCAGACAGCAACAACUUCUGGAACCAGUCUGUUUGGUCAGACAGCAACAUCUUUGGGAACCAGUCCAUUUGGUCAAACUGCAACAACUACCACGGGAACCAGUCCGUUUGGUCAGACAGCAACAUCUUCGGGAACCGGUCUGUUCGGUCAGACAUCAACAACUGUUGGAACCAGUCCAUUUGGUGUGUCCGCUGCUCCUGCAAGCAGUAGUAGUACAUUUGGUCAAGCAACAACGACAACAACAUCUACUGGUUUGUUUGGUCAGACAUCUGGUACACCUUCAACUGCAUCUGGUUUGUUUGGACAAACGUCAGGUACAUCUUCGUCAGGGUCUGGCUUGUUUGGUCAGACAACAACAACAACGUCUGGAAGUGGAGGUCUCUUUGGUCAGACUCCAGCUUCUGGAACUGGUUUAUUUGGACAACCAGGAGGAUCACUGUUUGGUCAGACAUCAACAAGUGGGUCAGGGGGACUCUUUGGUAGUCAGACUACAUCUUCCAGCACAGGGUUGUUUGGUCAACAUUCUACAUCAACAUCAGGUGGAUUAUUUGGACAGUCCACAUCUACAAGUAGUGGUGGUUUGUUUGGCUCAGCUGGUGGGUCAGGGUUUGGCACGGCAACAUCAGGUUCUGGGUUUGGAUUUGGACAGACAUCAACACCAGGCUUUGGAAAACCAGCAUUCGGACAGUCUUCUGGGUUUGGACAGUCUCCAAGCACAAGUUCUCCAUUUGGUCAGUCAAGUUCAGACAGUGGUGGGAAUGGUGGAAUGUUUAGUGGUUUAGGUGGGAAACCCAGUGCUGAGAAGGCCAACACUAAUGUAUUUGGAACAGCUCAAUCAUUUGGGUCAUCGCAGUCUAACACUCAAGGAUUGUUUGGAAGUGGUUCCAGCUCAACAUUUGGAGGGGGAACCAGUACAAGUGGAGGAUUUUCUGGAGGAGGUGGAUUUUCUGGUGGAACUGGUGUGGCGUCUACGGGAUUUGGGGCGGCUAAACCUCAGACUGGUGCAGGUGGAUUUGGAGCUGCACCAGCUUUUGGCAGUACACCUGCAUUUGGAGGCUCGCCUGGAUUUGGCAGUGCCCCAGCCUUUGGCACGGCUCCAGCCUUUGGGAGUGGAGGCACACAGGGUGGGUUUGGAUCAGCACCUAGUUUUGGCUCGCCUGGUGCAUCAACGUUUGGAUCAGUUGCCCAGGGAGCUGGUGAAGGGGCUGGAUUUGCAGGGUUUGCAGGCAGCAGCAGUCCAACAUUUGGAGCACUUGCCCAGUCUACUGAUGCACCAAACUUUGGUUCCAUUGGUCAAUCACCACCAGAUACUGGAGGAUUUGGAGGAAAUGCUUCAUUUGGGGCAAGCCCGUCAUUUACUGGCUACAGAGGCUGAAAGCAGAAAGCAAUUCCUUUGGAUAGAAAGAAAUAUCAUGAAUUGAGACAUUUUAAGUGUACACCUGUGUGACAGUUAUUGUUUUCCCUCUCUUUUGACUUUUUAUUGAUCAUGAAAAUAUGUUUUCCCUUCUUUUGGGUUCCUUUAAAGGUUGAAUUGAAAACUGCAAAAAUAAAGUUUGAUAAUAAUGUUACAUUGUGAUUUUUUGUUGAAAUUUGAAUAAUAAUUCACAGAUACAUUAAAAUUUUGUAUUAGUUAUGUUCUAAAUUGGAACUUCAAUUUUUCUUAGUGAUAAGUUUCUUGUGAUACUAACUUGAAAGAUCUUACUUGUGAAAUUGAAAUAAAAAUAUGUCAUAUGA